CUUUUUGAACGGUGAAGGGAAAAUGUAGAAGCAAUAUGUAGAAGUAGAAGCAAGUUUGUUUCGAGUUGAAUAAAUAGGAGAAAAUAGAAAAGUUGUUAGCAUGUGUGGUUGGUCGAGUGGUUUAAGGCGCAGGCUGAUGAGGUGAAUAUUAGAAAUUAGGAGUAGGGUUCGAGUCCGCCACUUGAAAACUAUUUAUUUUUUCAACCUUUUUUUAAAUUUUUUUUCUCUAAAAAAAAUUCAAAGCAUCUUUCAAUCGGUAAAAAUAUUUUUUUAAUAUGACAUAGGAAUAGAAUUAGGUAACUUAAUUGAAUUAAACAUAUAAUCCAUUUAAUUUUAUUCAACUUCUGUUAAAUCUUUUUAAAAAAUAAUUUGAUUGAUUUACACAGUAAGACGUAGGAUUCUUUGAUUAUUUGAACCAGUAAUCUACAAAAAAUCUUAAGGCGCUUUUUAUCAUUUUUUAAAUUCCUUAUUUUUCGCCGCUAAAAUUUUUGGCACCGAACCGUCCAUUUUGUUUAACACUCAAAUUUUCGCACUGAAACAGAGAAAUGUUUGGAUACUAUAAAAGCCCAAUUUUAUCUCGUUCAUUCUCCCUCUUCUCAAUUGUGACCGAAACCUUUUUCGUAUUCUUCAAGAAUUAUGUUGGCUUUUGCUACAGUGUGUAUCCCGUUAUUGUUUCAUUUAUUUCUCCUUUCAUCCUCCCAAGUUAACACGGUUGUGAACUACAAUGUAAACAACAACAACAGUACCGAGCCUGUCUUAACUACAGAAUCUUCGAGUUCUGUCGAUGGCGGUAUUCAAAGUACUACGACUGAAGGAGAAGAAGAAGUCACAACCAAAGCAACUACAACAAUCGAGCAAGAUGAAACCCAAGAAACGAGUGAAGAAAGUUAUGGGCCUACCGUGGCAAUAGAUGAAGUGCCGUAUACAGAAGAUCCCUGGGAUAAAGGAGUGACACUACCUUAUACGCCAAAAAAGGGAAUAGCGACGAGUACAGUGAUAUUGGCUGCAAUCUGUAUAGCCCUUUUGAUCUCAAUCUGCAAUGUUUACUGUUUUGGGAAGACUCGCGGCUAUAUUUAA